AUGGGCCGGUGGAGGGGGGCGGAGCGAGAGCCCUCCCUUCAGCCUUCCACUGGGGUGACAGACACCGCGAAGGGCGCGCCCCAGGGCGUGCGGGGUCCUCGCCAGGCCAGGCUCCCGGGGCGCCGGGCACCCGCGGGCCCCAGGGCCCCUCACCAGGCUGGAAGGGCUGCACCGCGAGCCGUCACGGCUGUGGCCGCAAAGGCCAGGGGCCCUUGGUGUCACCGCCCCAAUGAAAGCCCGGAUGAAAACCACAGACGGGGUCGCACUCACCAGCAUGGCCGCGCCCAGCACCCCCCAGCACUCCCCACACCAUCCCGACCCCCAAGCCCCCGCUCCCCAGCCCCACCUGCACUCCCCAGCCCCACCUGCACGCCCCAGCCCCCGACCCCCAACCCCCGACUCCCCAGCCCCACCUGCACUCCCCAGCACCCAGCACCCGGCUCCCCAACCCCCGACUCCCCAGCCCCACCCGCACUCCCCAGCACCGGACUCUCCAGCCCCCGACCUCCCCAGCCCCACCUGCACUCCCCAACCCCCGACUCUCCAGCCCCACCUGCACUCCCCAGCACCCGGCUCCCCAGCCCCCUCCCCAGCCCCACCUGCACUCCCCAGCCCCCGACCCCCCAACCCCCGACUCUCCAGCCCCACCUGCACUCCCCAGCACCCGGCUCCCCAGCCCCCCUCCCCAGCCCCACCUGCACUCCCCAGCCCCCGACCCCCCAACCCCCGACUCCCCAGCCCCACUGCACUCCCCAGCACCCGGCUCCCCAGCCCCCCGCUCCCCAGCCCCACCUGCACUCCCCACCCAGCCCGGGGGCUGCGGGGCGGGACCGGCCGCGCCCGCUUUGGGGAGCCGCUCUCCUCCCGUCCCGCGUCCGAAGGCGCCCGGUCGGGCCUAGGAGGAGGCCAGGCCGCCCGGCGCCCUCCGCCUUCCCCACAUCCACCCCAGCGGGCCGAGGCCGGGCCGGGGGCCGGGGGGCCGGGGAAGCGGCUGCGGGGCGCGUCAGCCCGGCGCCCCCCCGGAUUCGCCGCCACCCGGGACUCGCGGUGCCCGGACCACGAGGGCGCCCGCGGGGCGGGGCGGGGCGGUGCGGGGCGAUGCGGGCCCCGGCCGGAGUCCCCCGGAGCGCGCAGGCCCCGCCGCCUCGGGCUGCUCCUUCCCCGGGACCCCGCCGGGAGUUGGGGCGCAGUUCCGACCGCGAGACGGUGCGGCCCGCCGGGGCCAUGCGGGGCUCUCGCCGGGUCCCCGCGCCCGGCCCCGGGCUUUUUUCUGGGGUGGCCGGGGGCGGGGGGGUGGGCGGCGCCGGUCUCGGCGGGCUUCGAGCCUCGCCCGGAGCGCGGGGCCAGGCGGAGCCCGCAACGCCCAGCGCCCUGCAGCCCGCCGCCGCCCGACCCGGGGCCCAGGCCGCAGGGGUGGGCGUCGCCGGCCCUUCCCGGGCCCCGCGUCUCGGGUUUGUGGACACCGCUCGCGACAGUAACCGCCCAGGAGCGACUGUCCAUCGUUUCAACCGGGCAGAGGAGGGGCCGAAUGCGGGCCGCCGGGGCGCGACCCACGGCCCGCGGCACCAUGGGGCCCGCAGCACGGGGCGCACGAGACCCAAGGCCCGCGGCACCAUGGGGCCCGCGGCACGGGGCGCGCGCGACCCACGGCCCGCGGCACAUGGGGCCCGCAGUACGGGGCGCACGCGACCCACGGCCCGCGGCACCAUGGGGCCCGCAGCACGGGGCGCGCGCGACCCACGGCCCGCGGCACCAUGGGGCCCGCGGCACGGGGCGCACGCGACCCACGGCCCCCGGCACCAUGGGGCCCCGCGGCACGGGGCGCGCGCGACCCAAGGCCACGGCACCAUGGGGCCCGCAGCACGGGGGCGCCGGAGAUUCUUUUUUCCCCUCCCAGAGAGAAAUCCCUAA